AUGUCUGAAGAACGUCCAACAGUAGACGAUAGGGAGCUGAACCUACUGGCUAUUAGUUUUAAGCCAGAAGCCUUCAUCCCUCAUGACCCCGAGGUGCGGUAUACUGCGUUAGAAACGCAUUUUGCCGCCCGUAAAGUGCGGCGCACGCGCUCCAAAUAUUUUCACGCAGUAGAGGCGAUCCCUAGUGACCGAAUGUCCGCCAUUGGGGAUAUUAUCCUUAAACCACCUGAAAAGGAUGCGUACGACGUUAUGAAGGCAGCAAUCCUUCAGUUCUACAGCCCCUCUAACGAGGAGAGGAUACGCCAGUUGCUGGCUCUUCACCCGAUCGGUUACACGACGCUAAGUAGGCAUCUGGCGCGUCUGCGCUCGCUAGCCGGCCCAGCAAACGCCCACUCUGGCAUUGUCUGA